AUAAAAGGCUGUAAUGAAAUUUGAAAAGAAAAGAAAAGAGGCUGGCAAAAAGCGGAGAAAAGAAGAGAAAACAAAUCAAAAAUUUCUCGUAAACUCCCAUCAUAACCUAUAAAAGAGCUGCGAGGAUACACAUCGGCUCAAUUCAAAGAUCUUCAAUUUUUGCCAAAAAUGGAUCUAAGCCAGCCUGCGGGGGAAAACUAUGCCAACCCAAAGACAUGCUUCUUUCAUGUUCUUUUCAAGGCUGCGGCUUUGGCUUUCUACAUUCUUUCGACACUGUUCGUUGAUAGCUUUGUUAUCAUCUUUGUGGUCACUGUAGUUCUUGCCGCUCUUGAUUUUUGGGUCGCCAAGAAUAUUAGCGGCCGGAUCUUAGUUGGGCUUCGGUGGUGGAAUGAGAUAAAUGAGCAGGGUGAGAGUCUGUGGAAAUUUGAGUGCCUUGAUCAACAGUCAUUGGCUCGGAUGAACAAAAAGGAUUCGUGGCUAUUUUGGUGGACAUCAUACCUUAGUGUUGUUGCUUGGAUCAUCCUUGGAGUAUUUUCAGUCAUCAGGUUUGAACUUGAUUACGUCCUGGUUGUAGGGGUUUGUUUGAGCCUCGGUAUUGCAAACAUUGUUGGCUUCACUAAAUGCCGCAAAGAUGCCAAGAAGCAGAUUCAAACAUUUGCCUCCCAGACUAUUGCAUCUCGCUUCUCAUCUACAAUACAGUCAGCAUUUAGUGUGGUAUAAGUUGUUCAAAGAGAAAAGAGCUUACGACGAUAUAUCGGUCAGAUUGCUUAACCAAGAUUUAAGAAGUGAAUGAGUUGACCCCUUAUCCUGCUUUUCAUGAACUGGACUUCUUUGUUUUUUUCAAAAGGCUUAUGCAGAAUUGUCUUUUCUAAACGUGAAUGUAAAGAGCUCCCCUGCCCCAAAAAGAACGAAUAUGUAAAGCUAAAACUUCUUCUAACUUCUUGUUUCAUUGAAUUGUAUUCAAGUAAAUACCCAUGAUAAAUUUUAAAUACUGACUUGAGUACUUUUAUUUGUACAUGUGGGGUAGGAAAACCAAGUUGAAAUUUCUGUGAUUGUCAUCAAUUAUUGAAAAAAUCAGCUCUCU